AUGCAGGCUGGACAUAUGCAGAAUGGAGUACCGUUCUUUUUAGCGACGAAUCUCGUUUUUGUCUGUAUUCUUCAGACGGACGAGAACGAGUAUACCGUCGCGUUGGAGAACGAUUUGCAGACUAUGUAUACGUGGAAGACGUACUCAUACCUGGAACACAGUGCCGCUGUUGUUUCCGCAUAUAUCAGUGCAAUAGAAUGUGCAGCAUAUCGCAACGAUACAGACGUCAUCGGCACUUACUUUCAAUCACAUUUUCCUCAGAUUUUCUCAAGAAUUUCCUACAGUCUCUGGAAAGGAAUUUUGAUUGAAGUUAUAAAUAUUCUCAGUACAUUCUCGUGGAACUUUGUCGAUCUCUUUCUUAUUCUAAUUAGCAUAGCUGUAGCAGACCAAUUCAGACAAUUGAACAGUCGUCUUUAUGCGAUAAGGGGAAAGGCAAUGCCGGACUGGUGGUGGGCUGAGGCUAGAAAGGAUUAUAAUCACUUGGCGACCCUAACGCGCAUAGUGGAUUCUCACAUCUCGAGUAUCGUGCUUCUGUCCUUUGCCACCGACUUGUAUUUCAUCUGCAUUCAACUGCUGUUUUCCUUCAAGUAUUUUUAA